AUGCCCCGCCAACAAACGCAAUCGCGGGCUCCGAAAGAGCGUGGUGCGCGGAAGCCCCCGACUCAAAGGGUUCCCAAGGGCCGCGGCCUCGACGCACUUUCCCGGGCGGAGGAGCAAAUACCUGUCAAACUAGGUGUGCGCCGUAACCGACUUGGUGACUACGAUGACGGUGAAUGGCGAAAGCGGCCUACAGGUGGCGAUGAUGACGACGACGAUGAGGAUAACGAGCCUCGCCCGGACUAUAAGCGCCGCCGAACCGAAGUCUCAGAUGAGGUAGGCAGUGAUGGUGAAGGUCACCGAUGGACGCUCGGGCAGGUCGAUAGCGACGAUGACGAGUCGCUGGACAGCGACGAAGCCCUGGGUUCAAGCGACGAAGAACGUUUCGAAGGCUUCACUUUCCGUGGCAGUUCCUCAAACAAGUCUACGGCAAAAGCAAAGCCAAAAAAAGCCGAUAAAAAGCAACGAUCCAAAAUUUCCCUGUCAGAAGAGACUGACGGAUCAGACGACGACAUGACCGGCAUGAACGACGAGGACGAGGAUGAUGACGAGGAGGAUGGGAUCGAUCUUCUCACUGCCUGGGAUAUGAACACAGCGGCCGAGGAAAGGGCUGCACAAAAGGCUAGCGAAAAGGUCAAAAGGACUGCGGAAGGUGAGGAUAGUGACGAUACGUUUGGAACCGACGGUGACAGCGAGGAUGAUCCCAGUGAGGGCGAUAGCGAUCUGUCGCUUUCCGACGUCGACGACGACGCCGAAGCCCAGGAGAGUGGGUUGUCCAAACUUCAAGAUUUCGUCAAGUCUAUGGAAACCGAUCGGUCAAGGAAUUCGAAGCAACGGUCGCAGGAGCAGGGAGUUCCUACCGAGUAUGGACUCACAUCCUCCCGCAAGCUCACUGUCGCCGACCUCUUGCCAUCCAUCACGGACUCUCGUCUCAAAAGUUCUCUCAAGCACGUCGACGCUGCUCCCCAAGCCACAAGGACAGGAAUUACGGGAAAGCUCGAUGCACCGCUUGCGAAACGCCAGCAGGAUAAGCUCGAUCGCGCAGCCGCUUAUGAGAAGAGCAAAGAAACUCUUGACCGGUGGUUGGAAACUGUCAAAGCCAACCGCAAGGCCGAGCAUCUGACCUUCCCCCUUCCUGAUCCCGACGCGCAACAGUUCCAUCGGCUUGAUGUGGUUCAGCCCAAGAAUGAACUAGAAUCUACAAUUCAGGAGAUAUUGGUUGAGAGUGGCCUUGCGGAGGCCAAUGGAAAGUCUGCGGAGGAUCAGCUUCAAGGGCUCGAGGAGCUCAAGGCACGUGCCUUGCCACUCGAAGAGAUCCAGGCCCGUCGAGCUGAGCUCAGAAAAAGACGAGACCUGCUUUUCCGGGAGGAAGUUCGCGCAAAGCGCAUCAAGAAAAUUAAAAGCAAAGCUUACCGUCGUGUUCACCGGAAAGAGCGCGAAAGGAUGGAGCAACAAGAGCGACAGGCUCUCCUGGAAUCCGGGGUGGAUAUUGAUGAAGCGGAGCGGGACGAGAACGAGAGAAAGAGGGCCGAAGCGCGCAUGAGCUCGAAACAUCGUGACAGUAAAUGGGCUAAGAGCAAUAAGCAAACUGGUCGCACUGCUUGGGAUGAAGACGCUCGCAAUAGUGCAGCUGAUCUCGCCAUGAGGGAAGAGGAACUGCGUAAACGCAUUGAAGGAAAACGUGUGUCCCGGGGAGACGAGGAUUAUUUGGGUUCCUCAAGUUCAGAAUCUGAAGAUGAAGACCCGUGGGCAUCCGACGCCGAUGAGCGUAACAACCGCAAGUUGCGUGCGAAACUCGCAGCCUUGGAGCGUGACUCAUCCGACCAUGAGGAGAAAGGCCCGCAUUCUGCUCUCUUCUCGAUGAAGUUCAUGAAAAAUGCCGAAGCCGCUCGGAAGGAGCAAAACGACGCCGAGCUUCGUCGCCUCAACCGUGAGCUGGAAGGUGAAGACUCACAGUCCGAGGCAGGCUCCGAGGCGGGUCGACGCAAAUUUGGCCAAGCUGAAAAGACGCAGGCUGCUUCUCGACCCAGGGUGCUAGCCAAGGACGAGCUGGAAGAUGCUACCGACUCGGACGCAGAGGAUACUACCUCCCGUCGACCUGAAGAGCGGGUCGCUACCGCCGUAGACCAGAGCGCAAAACAGAAGUCUACGGCAGUUUCUCACUCUCAGAGUCGAGCUCGGACAACGCAGACCAUGUUUGAUCAAAAGUCCCACACUACAGACAAAGAAGAGGAAAACCCUUGGCUUGUUCAGACCGAAAGAAACAAUCGCCGGCGAGGUGGUGCGGGCGCUGAGGAAACUCUCGACAUUGCCCUCGAUGCUCCUCAGCCUCAAGCCUCUCAAGUCAAAGAAUCAUCCAAGAGCGGCAAGCCUGUCAAGGCCGCGUCUUCACGUCAGCAGGAGGAAACAAUGGACAGUGAUGACGAAGAGCAAACGCCUGUGCUUCUGAAGAACCACGAUCUCGUCAAGCGAGCAUUUGCUGGUGACGAGGUUGUACAAGAAUUUGAGCAAGAGAAGAUGGAUACGAUCGCUGAAGAGGGAGAUAAGGUUGUGGAUAAUACCCUUGAAGGCUGGGGUAGUUGGGCCGGUGAUGGCAUCAGCAACCGGGAGAAGAAGAGACAAAAGCGCAACCUCACCACUAUCCAAGGCGUCAAGCCGGAGAAGCGCAAGGAUGCCAAGCUUUCUCGAGUCAUCAUCAAUGAGAAGCGCAUUCAAAAGAACAAGAAGUACAUGGCUAGUCAACUGCCUCACGAAUUCGAAACCAAGGCGCAAUACGAGCGAUCGCUUCGCAUGCCCAUCGGGCCAGAGUGGUCUACGAAGGAGACCUACCAGUCAAGCACCAAGCCCCGUGUCAUGAUCAAACAAGGCAUCAUCAAGCCUCUCGAAAAGCCUCUGCUAUAG